AAGUUCUUGCUCGACAUUCUUUAAUACAUGCUUCAGAUGAACAAAAGAUUGUUAAGUGUUCGCAAUGUGAGAAAACGUUCUGUAAUGAAUACAAAAUGACACAGCAUUUAAAGCUGGUUCAUCUACAUUUAUAUGCCAAAAUAUGUGACAUCUGUGGAAAAUCCUUUCACGGAAGCGAAGCAUUUCGCCGACACCAGGAAGAACAUUCUGAUUUACCGAGAUCACUGAUUAAAUGCGAAUUAUGUGACGCUGAACUUACGACAAAGUACGGUUUGGCCCGUCACAUGAAAGUAAUGCACACGGAGGAGUAUCAAACACCUCAGGUCUGUCCCAUUUGCUCAAAAGUGUCACCAACCCUUCCAGCGCAUCAAACACAUUUUAAAUACAUGCACGCCACAGAAAAAAAACAUGUCUGCAAACUUUGUGACAAAGCCUUUAAAAGUCCCAAGGACUUGCGAGAGCACAUGACGACACAUACUGGUGAAGUUUUGUAUACAUGUACAUUUUGUCCACAAACGUUUAACUCUAACGCAAAUAUGUACGCUCAUCGUAAGCGAAAACACCCAAAGGAAUGGGCAGAAAAAUGUCCGAAGAAAAGAAGUUCCACUGGAAUUGGACAACUAAUCCAAAAAGAUUUGGAAUCUAUAAUAGAAUCGGCGGAUGCAGAAGAAUCAAAAUAAAUGUAAAAUCUUUAAUAUUUAUAUCAAUUGCAAAAAUUGGGAAAACAAAUAAACUAUCUGAAUACUAACAUA